AUGUAUUCCGCUGAAAUCACCCAGCACUUGGCUGAAGGGUCGAAAUUCUAUGCAACCAAGGACUUUAGUCUGGCUGCUACCAAGUACGCAGACGCUUGCGAAGCUUACAACAAAGAAACAGGCGAAGACAGCGCCGAGUUGCUUUUGCUUUACGGCAAAGCGCUUUUCCAGAAUGGAGUGGCCAAGUCAGGGAUUUUGGGUGGCAUAGGUAACGAGGAAGAAGAAGAAAACAAAGAGAAAGAAGAGAAGGAGGAAGAAAACGACAACUUCCAGUUUGAAGAUGGUGUUGAGGAAGAAGCUGAAGAGGGCCAAGAGCCAGAGUCUCAAGCCGAGGAAGGCGACGACGAAAAAGUCGAAGAAGAGUCAGACUUCGAGGCAGGGUGGGAGAUCUUGGACCUCGCACGGUCCCUUUUUGCAAAGAAGGUCGAGGAAUUGUCCUCUGAAGAAUCAAAGUUGACCAUCCCGUACUUGAAAUCAGACGACGAGGAGCCCAAAAACGAGUAUGUCGUUGCCCUUAAGAAGCUCUCAGAGACUUACGAUCUUCUAGGAGAAGUUUCUUUGGAGUCAGAAAACUUCUCCCAGGCUGCAAGCGACUUGGCUAGUUGCCUUGAAUUGCGUGAGAAAUUGUAUGACCCAUUACUUUCUGCUUUGGUGUCUGAAUCACACUACAAGUUGUCAUUGGCUUUAGAAUUUUGUGUGGAAGAUCCAGAGCUGAGGCAAAAAGCAGCAGAACAGAUGAAGUUGGCAAUCAAUUGCGUGAAACUGAGAAGCAAAAACAAAGAGAAAGAGCAUUCAAAAGAGACCGAUGAUCUUCUCCGCGACUUGGAGGAGCGUUACAGAGAACUUAAAAAGGACCCACAGGAGCAGUUCAAGGCUGAGCAAUUGAAUAUAAUCAAAGGUAUUUUGGGAGAAGCUGUUGAGUCGAGUUCUGCCUCUGAAACGCCUCAGGCCCGCACUGUCGCUGUGAACGAUUUAUCUUCUAUGGUUAAAAAGAGGAAAGCCAAGCCAAACAACGCGAACACCAAGAAACCCAAGAAUGAGUAA